AUGCGCCACCUGAUCAAAGAUAACAGUGAAACAGUAACAGCCAAACAAUUCCUUGCUAAGACAGGGAAGGAAGGUCAGCCCAGGGAAUACUACACUUUGGAUUCUAUCUUGUUCCUCCUCAAUAAUGUGCACCUUUCACAUCCUGUUUAUGUCCGUCGUGCUGCAACUGAAAACAUUCCUGUGGUAAGAAGACCUGAUAGAAAAGACUUGCUUGCAUACCUAAAUGGGGAAACAUCAACGUCAUCAAGCAUAGACAGAAGUGCUCCACUUGAAAUUGGCCUUCAACGUUCCACUCAAGUUAAAAGAGCAGCAGAUGAAAUAUUAGCGGAAGCAAAGAAGCCAAGAAUAGAGGAUGAAGAGUGUGUGCGCCUUGACAAAGAGCGGCUGGCAGCUCGAUUGGAAGGACAUAAAGAAGGCAUCGUGCAGACAGAGCAGAUCAGGUCCUUGUCAGAAGCCAUGUCAGUGGAAAAAAUUGCUGCUAUCAAAGCAAAAAUCAUGGCAAAGAAAAGAUCCACUAUCAAAACAGAUCUGGAUGAUGACAUAACUGCUCUUAAACAGAGAAGUUUUGUUGAUGCUGAAGUGGAUGUAACCAGAGAUAUUGUCAGCAGGGAGAGAGUAUGGAGGACAAGAACUACAAUCUUACAAAGCACAGGCAAGGUAACGAUGUAGAUAUCAAACUAUUAUUAUGAUCCAAAUGACAAAUUGCAUUUUCUCUUCUCUUUAUCUCUAGUCUGUUAACUAUAGAUGACUGGGACGAUUAUGCUGAGUGUUCUAGGUAAAGGCAGGCAAGAGGGCUUUUGGCACAGUUACAAAAAGACUUCAUUCUUUCCUCGUUACAGUAAGCCUAAAAGAUAAAAAAAA